AUGCUUGGCUGGAUCGAGAGAGUGGUGCCUCACCCUCCUGGGACCCCUCACCAGCCACCCCUAGUGGAGAACGGAGACAAAAACGCAGAUCCCAGGGUGAUAACUGUCACACCCAGGCCAGGAGAGGCAGAGCAGCUGCCAAAAGGAAACUCCACAGGUCCAGGAAAAUCUUCCAACUGCCGUCAGACCGAGGGGGCAGGGAAGAAAGUGACAUUCAUCACAACCCAGGAACCAGGCCCAUCCUCAGUGUCUUCAGCUGAAAGUGCUGGAAGGGGUGUACUUUCAUGGCUAUCUCAGGAGCUGGGAAAGGUAGUCCCUCAGCCAGCCCAGAAUCCAGGGAUGCUGCAGACCGUCGGGAAGAGCUUUGAGACCAGUUUGGACUUCCCUGACCAGACUGAAGUCCAGAGCAUAAAGGAAGAUGACGACCUACUAGAGAUAACCACCCUCGCUCCAGAUGAAGAGGAGCUUCAGGAGCAUAGCGAGUUGCAUUCCAGCUCAGAUAAUAAUGCCUCAGAAAAAGGGUAA